GGCGUCGAUUGUCGUUCCCCUUGGCGUAGCCGAAACAUGGAAAAGAAAUCGUUCCGGAAUUAUUUCGACAGGCUGCGGCGCAAGGCGGGCGAGAUCGACGAGGGCGUCGAAAGGCUCGCCGAGACCUGGAAGAUACCGCACCUUCUCGUCGGCGGCUACGCAGAACGUACGGCCGAGACCGACGCCUACCUGGAGGAGAUGUGGGAAACUGUCCGGAGUACCGGCAAUGCAGUGGAGAAAUUUCAGUCAGAAUUGGAACCAUCCUUGGAUGAAACAGAUCAGUUUCUGAAUGAGACACAAGCAAUAUAUGAAGAUUUAAAAGAGCAAUGCGACAAUUUAGACAUUGUUUUAGCGGAAUAUGGCUAUCAUUAUGAAGAGAGUAACAGUGAGCAGGAAAAUCAUUCUCGAAAUGAUAGUCAAGAUUGCAGGAAUGACAGCGUUUUUCUUUCUGAGGAAAUUCCUGACGUGGAAGUGGAAUUCACACCAGAUUUGACAUGGAAAUGCAAAGCUAAGUCCAGAGACUCAGAUAAUUGCAAUGGGAAUCAGAAAAUCAUCAAGGGUAUUGCGACACCUGUAAUCAAAAGUCUAGAGUCGGUUCUACAAUCGGAAGUUCUUAAUGCGAGAGGAACAUAUGUAAGCAACGCAGCAUCUGCACAAAAAUCAAAUCACUCGAAACAAAUUACGAAAGUCUUGAGAAGAUAAUCUUAAUUCAUACAUUUUCUGUAUUUCUCAGCAGUUUAAAAAAAAGAAGUGCUUGUAUAGUAUAUUGAGAUAACAUGAUUAAUGACAAAAAUAUUUUUAGAAAGCAAAUUUAAUUAGUUUAUAUUAUAAUUCUUAAAGUAUAAAUAUAUAUGUUUAUUCAUUGUUAAUAUAUAAAGCGAUCUGAAUUAUUUACCACUUAUGCUAGUUUCAUCGCAGUUACGAUAUAACAAAGGAGAUCUCUGGUGAAAAUUUUCCUCAAAAUUUUUAAUACAAUUUUUUUUAAUCGUGUAAAUUUUAAAAUUUCUGCAUAAUUUUAUGACGUUACAAAAUUUUUAGAUUUUCUUUAUAAAUUGGAACAAAUUGAAACACUUUCAGAAAUCCUGAGAAAAGUCUAUAUCCUUUUCAGAAUUUUUCACAUAAAUAGAAAUAUAAGAUUUUUAAGCUUUCUUUCUGAUAUACAUAAUGUCUAUCUGACUAAGGAACCACUAAGAGAAUUCAACUCUGUUCUGGAUUACAGUUACUUCUUUCUAAUUGUAUUUCACACAAUAACAUACAUUUGUAUUAACUUCAAUAUAACUUCAAUUCCAUCGUCAAGCACUGAAGACGACUUAAAGGUAAUCCAAAAUGUUUGUAACACAUGAAUCCAGCUUAAUUAAAUUAUUACCUAACAGGAAUUUAUUAAUUUCUCGUUUUUGUAUACCAAUAAUUUCGCUGAUUCCUUAGGCCCUAUUUUUUGCAUAUAAUUUCUUGUAAAAUUUUGAUAAAAUCUUGUAAAAUAUGAAAGUUUAAAUUAUUUUUUAGAAUUUGUAGAAUGAGGAAUAUAAAUUUUUUAAUUGUAGAAUAUCUCAAUACUUCUGAAAAAUAACUCAAUUAAUAUAAACAUUAAAAAAAAAUUUUCACUAGGGAUGUUAGAAUUGGAAAGCAAGAAACUAGUCCUUACGAAUUUUUAUACACAUUUUUGUAAAGGAUUUCAUAAUAAAACUUCAAAAAAUAUAAAAA